CCGGGCUCUGCCCCGGGGGGGGCCGCAGCCACCCUCAGUUCCCGGCCCUCCGCCUCGUUUCCCCCUUCCGCUCUCCGCACUGCCACUUUCGAUGUCGGGCUGGUGUCGCCGUGGUGCCUUGCGAGGCCUUGUAUUGUUGCGGGAACGGAGGCGGCCCUGAGGGGAGCCUGGCGGCCGCCACCGGGCCCGACCUGGGCGGGGAGAGGGCGGCGGUGCCUCAGCGGUGCGCUCGCUUCUCUUCCAGGAGGAGCUGGGCGUUUAAGCGAGAGGAAGCCCGCCGCCUGCCAUGGCCACCGUGCUCUGUAAUAGAGCAAGAUUGGUCACCUACCUACCAGGGUUUUAUUCCUUAGUCAAAAGAGUUGUAAAUCCUAAGGCUUUUUCUACAGCAGAUUCCUCUGGCUCAGAUGAGCCUCAUGUUGCUGCUACACCUCCUGAUUUAUGUCCAAGAACUGUAUGGCCAGAUGAAGUAAUGGGUCCGUUUGGCCCUCAGGACCAGAGAUUCCAGUUGCCUGGUAAUAUUGGUUUUGACUGUCACCUAAAUGGUACAGCUUCUCAGAAGAAAAUCCAAGAUCGUAAAAGUCUACCUGAUGUAUUAGCAGAGCCUUCACCAAGUGAAAGGCAUGAAUUUGUAAUGGCACAAUACAUCAAUGAAUUUCAGGGUAGUGAUGUUCCACAUAAACAGCAAAUAAAUAACGCUGAAACUUACUUUGAAAAUGCAAAGGUAGAAUGUGCAGUACAAGCUUGUCCCGAACUGUUACGAAAAGACUUUGAGUCAAUGUUCCCAGAAGUGACUGCCAGUCGUUUAACAGUAUUGACUGUUACCCAGAAAACUAAAAAUGAUAUGACUGUAUGGAGUCAGGAAGUGGAGGAUGAGAGAGAAAUGCUCUUAGAAAAUUUCAUUAAUGGUGCCAAGGAAAUUUGUUAUGCAAUUUGUUCUGAAGGCUAUUGGGCUGACUUCAUUGAUCCAUCCUCAGGACUGGCAUUUUUUGGACCAUAUACAAACAACACUCUGUUUGAAACAGAUGAGCGCUACCGCCACCUGGGAUUCUGCAUUGAUGAUCUUGGCUGCUGCAAAGUUAUUCGUCAUAACAUCUGGGGUACUCAUGUGGUUGUAGGAAGUAUUUUUACUAAUGCUGAACCUGACAGCCCCAUCAUGAGAAAACUGAGAGGAAACUAGCAACCAUCAGAGUUUCUCAAGUUCGUGUAUGACCUCUGCCUCCUUUUACUUGGUGAUUCUCUGUAAGCAUUGUCAGGAAAUACCGCGCUUUGAAGUAGUCUCACUUAGACAAUAAAGUGUCUGUUAUUUA